AUGGCUACAGUAGCAGACGCGAGGAACGGAGGGCCGGAGGCCAACCUCUGCAAAUGUGUCCGCGCCGGACUCCCCACAAUUGGGCUGAAGUGCUUGUUGGCCGGAGGGGUUGAUAGCGACUCGCUCGCUGAUGAUGCCACUCCCCAGGUCAACCCCUGCGAUAUGGUUAGCGGCGAACAGGCCUAA